AUGGAGAGAAGAGAAAAAGGUGUGGAGGGAGAGGACAAAAGGGGUGGAUUAAUGGUGGAAAAGUUGAGGGAAGGGGUGUUGGUGGGGAAAAAGGGAGGGCCUAGUACUCCACCACCCACAUGGAGACUUGAGCUUCCAUCUCUGCAAAAUGGCAGUGACAAAGGUCAAGAGUUUCUCAACUUUCCCACUUGUUCAACACUUUCUGCUAGAAAGCUCUGUGCCAACCUCUGGGAAGUUCUGCCCCACCAACAACAACACACCCUACCUGUCAAAAUGAACAAGCUUGGCACCAACCUUCGCCGCCGCCGCCGUAACCGUCGCCGCCUCCACCACCCUAAGGACACAGGUUCUGAAGUGAAUAACAACCAAUUGGCUGAGCCUCCGGACACCCCUUCUAGUUCUGAUCAGCCCGCAUCAUCUAGUAGCUCAAGAUCUCAUGUCGCAGCAUCACUUGUUCAACACUGUAGAUCAGUAGAAAGAAAUGGCCGUGCUCUCCAGCCUGUAUUCCCUGUUUGUUACAGUAGCUCAGAGGAAGUGGGAUCAUAUACAUGUGCAGUAACCCCCACAAGCUCGGUAGACUUCAAACGUAGGAUUGGAGAGUCAAGCUACAACCUUAAAACGUCCACAGAAUUACUGAAGGUGCUAAACCGUAUUUGGAGCCUUGAAGAACAGCAGGCAUCAAACAUGUCAGUGGUGAAGACCUUAAAAACUGAAUUAGAUCGCUCUCAGGCACGGAUAAAGGAGUUGACUCGAGAUAAGCAAAUGAAUGUGCAGGAAAUGCAGAACUUAAUAAAGCAACUGACAGUGGACAAACUUAUUAGGAAGAACAAAGAACAUGGUAGAUUUAAAGCUGCAAUUCAAUCUAUCAAGGAAGAGCUAGAAGAUGAAAGGAGGUUACGGCAGCAUUCAGAAAACCUGCAUCGGAAGCUGGCUAGGGAACUUUCUGAAGUGAAGUCUUCCUUCUCUGGUUGUUUCAGAAAUCUCGAAAGAGAGAGAAAGGCCAGGUUACUUUUGGAGAAUCUUUGUGAUGAGUUUGCCAAAGGAAUUCGAGAUUAUGAACAAGAGGUACAUUUCCUUAGGAGAAGUUCUGAGAAGGGUCAGGUUCAGGUUCAAGGGAAUAAUAAUAGCCUUGAUAGGCUAAUACUUCACAUUUCAGAAGCUUGGCUUGAUGAGCGCAUGCAGAUGAAGCUGGCUCAAUCUGACAGUGAUCUCAUAGAGAGAAGUUCAAUUGUUGACAAGUUAGGUUUUGAUAUUGAAACAUUCCUUCACGCCAAAAGAUCAGUUGAUUUGAAAAAAUAUGGUUACUCCUCCCCAAAGGAGCUCAAGGAAAUUCACCCUUGUGAGCAUUCAUUGGAUUCCUUCCCACUAAAAGGGGCUGGCAGUGCACCUCAAAAUAUGGGUCAGGAAGAUUCCAUUGACACUGACUUUUUUGAGCCAAAAAGGGCUAAUGGUGAAGGACUCCACAAACUCAGCUCAAGACCGCAAACAAACAUGGACAGGAACAUAUCAUAUGAUACUGAGAGGUUUUUUGUCCAUAGGAAAUCAAGUGAAAUUGGAGAAGACAGCACUGCUCUACUAAAUGAAGAGGCCAAACAUAUUCCACAAGAGAGUGAUAGACCCUGGAUCCUGAGAAUGAACUCAAGUCACAGGCCAGAUAUCUUGGUUGGAAACAGUUCCUUGUCAUCAGAGGGUGAUAAGAUAUAUCCUGAGAGUAUUUGCAAGGAAGACUACUGUGUCCACUCUGCAGUUACAGCUAAUGGUAGUCCUGGAAAACUGUGGAAAUCUAAGUUUUCUGUUUCAGAUUUUGACAAGUCUGAGUCUUCUACCAAAUUGCCAGAGGGAGUAAAGGAAAACACAUUGAUGGCAAAACUCCUUGAAGCAAGAUUAGAGGCACAGAAAUCUCGCUGUAGAGCCAGCAAAAGCACUUCUUGA